CAAAUUUAUGGCAGAACAUAAAUUAAUUGAUGGAUAUGUCGUGACCAAUAAAUUACUCGGAACAGUAUAAUUAUUGUAAUUAUAUAAAGGGAGCUUUUGGAUCAGUUUACAGAGGUUAUAAGGAAAGUGAUCCUAAAUUGAUUGUAGCUGUUAAAAUGUUACCUAUGACUGAAGGCACAAAUAAAAAUUUCUUGAAAAACAUUAAGAGAGAAAUAGAUAUUUUGUCAAAAAUUAGAAGCUAAUAUAUUGUGCAGUAAAUCUAUUAAUAAUUUAUAGAUUAUUUCAUGCAGCUAGAACUUAAAAAAAUUAUUAUAUUUUUUUAGAAUAUUGUAAUGGUGGUGAUCUUAAAGAUUUAAUAAAAUCUAAAGGAGGCUCUCUUUCUGAGUAAGAUGCAGUCACUUACUUUAAACAAAUAAUAUAUGGAUUUAAAGCCAUUUAUUAAGAAAAUGUAAUACAUAGAGAUAUUAAACCAGCCAACAUUUUAUUACAUAAUGGUAUUAAAUAAUUAUAAAAAAGGUAUUGCUAAAAUUAGUGAUUUUGGAUUUGCAAGAGUUGUUGAUGACAUGGAAGGCUAAGAGAAGUUUACGUUAUUAGGUACUCCUCUUUAUAUGGCUCCAUAAAUAUUAGAAUUAGGCAAAUUUAACUCAAAGUGUGAUAUUUGGUCUAUUGGCAUUAUGUUUUAUGAAAUGCUUUACGGUCAUCCUCCUUGGACAGCUACUAACUAAUUAGCAUUAUUAGAUUAAAUUAAAAAAAAACCUUUGACUUUUCCAAAUUAACCAAAAAGAUAAUAAAUAGUCAAAGAUCUCAUUUCUAAAAUGUUAGUUAUUGACGAAGAGUAAAGAAUUAAUUGGUAUGAUUUGUUUGAAAAUGAAUUAAUUAAAUGCAAUAGUUAAGAACUUAAAAAUAAACUCAAUCUUAUUAUUGAUAGUGUUUAAGAUACUUUAGAAUAAUCCUCAUAACUUAAUAGAUUUUAUAUUGAUAAUAAUCUUAUUCUUGCUUAAGGAAAAAAUCAAGAAACCUAAGUAUUAUUUGAAGUUAAAAAUGAUGAAGAUAACACAAUGGUUAUAGAAUAAAAAGAUGCCAUCUAACAAAAUUUAGAAGAUCUGAAAGGAUUAACUUAUAAUGAUAUCAUUGAAGCUUAAACUAAAAGAUUGUAAGAACAAAUGACAAUCAAUAAAAUUGAUGCUCAUCUUUCAUUAAAUAGAAAUAUUGGCAUUUUUGUUAAUCUUACUACGAAUAAUGUAUUUUAAUUAUUCAAAGAAUAACAUCUAAGUAUACCAACUCAUUUUUUUUACAGGAUUAUGUUUAUACUCUAAAAAUCAUAAAUGAUUAUUUUCGAUGAUUUAAUUAAUAUUAUGGCUAGUAAAGUAAUUUUAAUUAAUUAUUUUAGACCCCUAUUGGCAAUGGAUUUUCAGAUCUAGAUUGGAAACUCUAUAAAAAAAAUUUACAGUAUUUUUCAACUUUAAAAGCUAUCAAAACAGAUAAAUUUUAUCUUAAAUCAUAUUAUGAAGAAAUAACCAAAAGAACAUAUAAUUUCCUAACUAAUUAAGUGCAAUAAGAAAAAAUAGAUGGGUAAGAUAAACUUGAUGUCAUAGAGUUCCUUUCAAUCAUGUAAAAUAACUAAUAAUCGGACUUAAAUUUUAAUAAGAUAUAUGAUAAAACUCUUAAAUAUUGUAUCAAACAAAUGUAUGAAUAAGUCUGCCAAUAAAAAAAAAUAACAGGAAAUAGAUUAUUUUUAUAAACAUUAAAAUACUUAUACCUUUGCUUAAAUCCAUUUACAUACUUUAGAUAAACAAAAGAAUUUCCAGAUUUUAGCAAGUUUUAUGAACAUUAUGACAACUUAGAUAUGGAAAUAUUUUUGUAGCAGAUUCAUGAUAAUUUUAAAUUGUUUUGA